GUCAUCUCUUACAAACAAUAAAGUGACUGUAAUAUUUUUUAGCAUAUUUAUUAAUAUAUAAAAUAAAUAACAGUGAAACAUUAAAAAGAAUUUAUGUACUUACCUUUACUGUUAUGCAACAUGGUUCAUUGACAAAUGUCUUUUGCUGUGCAUAUGAUAAUUAUUCCAGCAACCAUCUGUUACAUUUAAAGUCCUACAUCAUUGAAAUUCUUUCAAUGGAAAUGAUCAGUGGAAUUGGAAUGUAAUUGUUAGUAGAACACAGUACGAAUGAUACAAAACAUUUUGCUAGUUUAGUUGAUAGUAGAACAAGUUCUGUAACAGUGUUCAUACAUUUUUUACUAUGAAUUUUUUAAUCUAAGUAUUCCUUUUGUGUGAAUAGAACUUAUGAGUUCAUAAGGUGGAUAAAUCAACAAUUUUAUAGUGAUCUACUGAGAUGGAUAUAAGUAACAUGCAGCAGAUGAAUGUGAUUUAUUUUAUAUUUCUAUGUUUAUUAUUAUCACUAACAAAAAGUGGAGCUAAUGAAGAUCAAGUUACAGUGACAAAAGUUCCAGCAGGUCAUAUAGCUGAACUUCCAUGUUUGAGCAGUGAUGAUCAUCAUCGUUUUAUGUUUUGGCAGCUUAAUAGUAAUAAUCGCAUUAUUGGGCCUGGAAAUUCAAUGGAUGAAAACAAGUAUAAUUAUGAAGUGUUAACAGGAAAACUUCUUAUAAGGGGUGUAUCAACAGCUGAGUCUGGUUUCUAUAAGUGCUUUUCCAAAGGUAUAUCAGAUCGUUCUAAUAUCACUAGUAAUACUAUUGAAUUAAUAGUUAAGAAAGAUUGGGAAGAUCUUUGGGAAAACGAUUUUGAGACAAAUUUAUUACGGGGUAUGGCUGCUGUUAUGGUAAUAGUUGUUGCUAUAGCUAUUGUUCUUUUCAUUAUCACAACAAAAAGGAAACACAAUCGCAAUUUUUUUGAUUUGGAAGAAUCAAGAGAAAAUUCUCCUGCAAAAUAUACGCCAAAUAUCUAUACUGUUCCUCCACCAUCUAUGUCUAUACCAACAAUUGAUGAAGGUGGUAUUGAUAAUGAAGCCCUUGAUAUUGAUUUCCCAAGAGUAUUUAAUCAAAUGCAAAAAUAAUGAAUAAUUUUGUAAUAUAUUCAAAGAAAUUUUGUUUCAUGGUGAAUGCUAUAUAAAGACAUAUACACACACAUACAUAACCAUAUUCAAAUUUAUAUACAUAUACAUUGAUUCAGGAAUUGUGCCAUGAAGACAUAAAAUACAUAAUCAUUUCAUAAGUAAAAAAAUAGUUUUAAUAAAUGUUUUGUAGAUGAGAAUUCUCUUGAAACAUAUUGUAUAUAUAUUUAUGUAUAUAAAUAAUGAUUAAAUAGUUUAAUUAUA